AUGAAGCGUGGCGCACUCGACUCUUUCUUCAAGCCCUCCGAAGCAAAGAAACCGAAGUACGAGGCAAGCAAAGAUAAGUCACAGCAUAAUGCCUAUCCGUUCGCGAUCCCGCACUUGCCUCCGCCGUUUAAGGAGCAAUUAUGCUUUGCACCCGCAGAAGAGGGAAAAGUGAUGAACGAUCAGCUGGACCUCGAUUUGGUAUACUACCAACCAUACAUACCAGCCUCAAUGGCACCAGGUCUCUUCGAGUUCCUGCGACAAGAACUCCCCUUCUACCGCGUGCAAUACAACAUCAACCGCGGUGGCGUGCAGACGCAAAUCAACACGCCGCGCUUCACCACCGUCUUCGGCAUCGAUGAGACAUCCAGCUUCGCCGCCGAUGGAAGCAUCGUCGACGCAAAGACAGGCAAGAAGGUCGACGCCAAAGCAUGCAAGUGCAAGCCGCGCCCGAUUCCGCAGUGCCUUGACGAACUGCGCAAACUCACGGAAGGCUCAACAGGCGAGAAGUUCAAUUUCUGCCUCGUAAACUACUACGCCGACGGCAAGGACAGCAUCUCGUACCACUCGGACGACGAGCGCUUCCUCGGACCCAACCCAGCCAUCGCAUCAUUCAGUCUAGGCGCAAAGCGCGAUUUCCUGCUGAAGCACAAGCCCAUCGCGCCGCAAGCCGGUGUCGUCGUCGAGGAGCCCAAGGGCAUCAAGCUGCCGCUGGGCUCGGGCGAUAUGGUGCUGAUGCGCGGGCGCACGCAGAGUAAUUGGCUGCAUAGUAUUCCGAAGCGGGCGGAUGCGAAGGGGAGGAUCAAUAUUACGUUCAGGAAGGCGAUGGUGAAGGGCGGUACGGAGAAUUAUUAUCAGUACAAUGUUGGGGUGGGAGGGGUGUUUAAGUGGGAUGCGAAGGUGGAGAAGAUGAUGCCGUGGGAUGCGCAGGCGGCGCGUGUAGAAGGUGGGGCUGUGGGCAAAGCAUCAGGGAGCGCUUAG